AUGACCUGUACCGUCAUUGACAACUCCCUGAGGCUGCACCGGGAGGCUGUCUUCACCCCAUUCAGUGAAAAACAGAAGAUAACGGAGGGGGAUGAAGAGGGGCGAGGAAUCACGAGGCCGAGGAGGGGCUCACCGCUCAGUGCGGGGUCCCUCGUCGCUGACCUACUCAUCAAUGAAGCUCUCACUGAUAAAGGUCCCAGGCACACUUGA